UGAUGUGGCCUUUUAAAACACGAGGCGCACAGUCACUCGCAGGCGAAGUACGUAUACGUUCAUUGCCCCAGCGCCCUAAAAAUAAUCCCCAUAGCCGGGAAAAAAAAAGGCGUGAUCACGUGCCAGGGUAUAGAAAAGAGUCGGGUGGUGUCACUGGUGCUGUUGGUGACUUCUGCUUAGUAUUGCUCCAAGAGGAUUCCAAUGGUGACAAGGGACGUUACCUACGAGACACGGCUUCGAAGGGACGGUCUUGUGGCGGUACACCAAACUUACAGGUGGCUUCACUGCACCCAAGAUCUCCACGACCACCUCACUCUGCAGGGCGGCUCGAAUAGCGUCUUUUGUCAUAACUCUAAACCUUACAAUUGACUAGACUUUUACCCGACAGAAUCUUAGUCUGUCACGCAACCUAACUACUCUCCGGGAAUCAUAGCUUAGAACCGUUGCCUUGUUUGUUUAGUUCGUAUUGUUGAGUGUUUCUAGCUAUAUUCCGACUUGUUUGCGCGACUGCGAGGCUGAACUCUUGCCGUCUCCUGAGUACUGAAUAAGGAAACAUGGCUCUCCGUAAGCUAGCUAGCGACGCCCUGGCUCGUGGGAUGCUGGCCUCUGAGGCGCUUGUAGGGAAGGAAUUAUCAAGCAUUCCUAAAGCCUGGGCGAGCACGUCAGCAGCCGUCAAGGUAAAGAACACAAAGAAGACUGAAGACCUCAAGGAUGCACCCAAGCGGACUGUCUUCAUUUCCCAGUCCAGUGAUGUCUUCUCUAAUCUUGCUCUAGAGGACUGGCUGUACAAGAACUGGUCCUUCGAGAGGCGUAAUGUUCUGCUGCUGUGGCGCAACUCCCCCUGCGUGGUGAUAGGAAGGCACCAGAACCCGCAGGUAGAGGCCAAUCUCUCUUAUUUGGAGAGUGCCGGAGUGCCACUAGCCAGGAGGGGCAGCGGUGGCGGGGCGGUGUAUCACGACCAUGGUAACCUGAACUGCACCUUCUUCACCACCAGGGAUAGGUAUGACCGGCACACCAACCUGGAGAUGAUCUGCCGGGCUCUCCACCUUGACUUCGGUAUCCAAGCCCACCCCAAUUCCCGGGAUGAUAUUAUUCUGGACCACGACCAUAAGGUGUCUGGGUCAGCUGCCAAACUGGGCCGCAACACAGCUUACCACCACUGCACGCUGCUGGUCAACACCGACCGACAUCAGCUGAAACUGACACUUAAUGGAGACAAGAGCAUCAAGAGCAAGGCCACCGCCAGCACACCCGCCCAUGUUAUGAACCUGAGUGAGAUGAAGCCUGGCAUUACGGUGGAACAGGUGCUGACCAGUGUGGGGAGAGCAUUCCUCGGCCAUGACCAGCACCUCGCCAACGGGUUCACCCUCGUCAACCCCACCGAUGAGUGGUUCCCUGGUCUUGGGGAGCUAGAGGCAGUGCUGCGGUCGUCGCGGUGGCUGGAGGGACAGACGCCACGCUGCACUGUCACCCGCUGCGUGCCCAUCCCUCAGGGCCUGCUGCCACACGCCUCCAACACCUCCCUGGCCGUCACUGUGCAGGCCUACCAUGGACUAGUGGAGGAAGUGAGGAUGGAGGACGACAGCGGGAAGGAGGGAGUUGCCGAGCUGGUGCAGGACAUCGGCGCUGGUCUGAGAGGGGCGCCCUUCACCUCAGAUACCUUUAACAUCAUUGCUGGGCGACUGCGUUUCUCCCCUGCCCUCACCCACUUCCCCAUCCCCGCCUCAGCCCGCCCCAUCCCCACACCCACGCGCUCUGUCAUCUGAAACGCUGUGGUGGAAUCUCACUCUUAGCUUUGGUGGAGGGAAUCCUGGGGGUGUUGGGAUGUGCAGGGUUGAGUAAUGUGGGUUUUAACUGCAUCUCUUACUUAUGUCAUGGGAUGAUUUUAUGGAGUUCUGGAAUGCUUUUUACCUUUUCUUAUGAUUGUGGGCAGAAUACUUACUAUAAGGACUUAAAGGGAAGAUUUCAUUAAUUUAGUUAAAGGGACUCUUCAGUUUAAGGAAUUAUGACUUACAGUGAAAGGGCAUGAGAGUUCAAAGGGAUCAAAGCUUAUGUGAAGGGAUGAUUACUGUGGAUUUAACUGUGGUGAUUUAUUAUGGAUAUCUUCACUAAAGGUGCAUCAGUAAGGCUGCCCACCACACCUCAUUCACUCAGCCACCCUUCAUUCACUGUAAGACUCCCUCACCAUCAUCUCCCAUCUUUCAUUCCAUCAUCUGUGAGACUAGUUUGUCUUGACUCUCAGACACCCUUUUCCUAAUAGACUGAGACUUGUUUUGUAUUUCAAUCCUCAAAUUCCCUUUUUCUAAUAUGCAUACCAAGACUUUAAACACCCUAGACUCAAAAUAUACUAACCUUACUGAAUUUCACAAUCCAAGAACCUUUCUACCAAGUAUUACUUACAUGUUAGGUUAUUGCAACAACUUCUAGUGUUUAUUUGAACCUUUCUACCAAGUAAUCCUUAAAUGUUAGGUUAUUGCAACAGCUUCUAGUUAUUUCAACAGCUUCUAGUGUUUGUGUUCAGAGUUCACAUUAAAAUAGCAGUCCUUGUCUGCCAUCCUCCUUGCUUCCCAGUCCUCUCAUUCCCCUCACAUCCUUACCCCUCUGGUGCUUUCACUUUGUUCCUAAGACACACCAGGCCUCACCCAUACUUUAGUAGUUGAUCUCUGCUGCUUCACUUGCUAAAGCUCCAGGAUGUCAAACAGUGCAUUGCUUUCUGUGAAACGAUCUACCAGUCUUCACUCAAUAGUGUGACACUUUCUAGGAUACUAAGGUGUCUGUUACAUUACCUACAGAUGCCAUCAUUGUUCUCAAGUUUACAUAUCUUUACCUCCUGACACCAUCUGUUCUAAAAGAUAAAUUUGAAAUUGCAGCAGUAGAUAGGAAUUUUCAGGUCAUGACACCAACUAUUUCUAUUCUUUCUGCUUGAUUGCCUUCCUUCAGUAGUUGCACCUGUAUAUCAUGACUAAACUUCCCAUUACACUUGUCCACACAUUACUGGUGAGCCUUGUACUGUAUAAAAAUGUGCACUGUACUUGCUGGCAUGCAAGUCAAUUAUAAACACAAAUGGGGGGAAAAGUUGAUCCUUCGUUCAAGCAUGAUAAAUAUUCUCAUAAAAUAAUAGUGUGUUUUAUCUGCCAGCAAGUAUGACAUGUCUGAGCCUUUCAGACACUGCAAGGACAUUGUUAAAAUUUUGAGGUAGUUAAUUUAUGGGGCAACAAGUCAGCACAAGUGACCAGUUCCUGUACAGUAGCACUGGUGUCAUCCCUCACUAGUGACAGCCUAGAAUAGCAUGGUGGUGCACAGUGGUGGCCCUGCUACUAGGUAUGUUGUCUGAUGUAACAAGUACAGGCACUGACUGAUCCACAUUAAUUUCCAUUGCCCUCAGAAGCUACACAAUGACCCUAUCAGCCAAGUUGGGGUGUGGAGAAAAGUUGUGGAUCUGUCAGUGGCUAGAGAAUAAAAUGUUUGUUUUAACUGUUGAAAAUUGAGCAUUAUCAGUGUUCUGUGAUGAACAUUGGCUCUUGUGGUGCACCAAAUUUCAUAGCAGUUUGAAAAUGCGCAGCAUUGUUAGCACAAAGGUGGUGUUGCCUCACUGUUGGUGUCAUUGUUGCCAACCUGGUGAUGCACAACUAGUUUUAAUGUUUCAGUGAAACUUGCUGCACCACACUACACUUUUACUCUUUUUAGGGGAAAAAUUAAAGUUGAGCUUUCUGCCUAUGGUUAAAGUUAUAUAAUUGACAUGUAUUUUACUAAGAUAACAAAUAAAAAAAAUAUGCCAUUACA